AUGGAGAUUCAGCGACGGGGGCAAAAUCCAAAACCAGACGACGUAGUGGUGGCGAUAGCGAUGUCGACGAGGCAGAGCAUCCGUACGAAGAGCAAAACGGGCGAUCCCGUGAAUGGUGAGUUAGAAAACAACGGCCUUCCGGUGAGACUCUUCGCCACGGACCGGUACCCAUUCGAGAGAGUAAACAUGUACUCGAUCCUGUGGGUGAGGGCAGUCCUAAGAGGCUCUCCUGAGAUGGAUAUAUUGAUGGGGUCUUGUUUUGCCGGGCUGUUUCAAAUACCUACUCGGAGGUUGCUGGCGGGGAAAGUUGUUCAUUGUAUGAUGACGAGGCAGAUUGUGACGAAGAAGAAGUACGAGAUGUGGCAUGUGUUUGGAGGUAACCCAUUUAGGUUCUCGUUAGUGGAGUUCGGCGAGGUAACCGGUUUGCCUUGCCGUGAGUUUGAGGAAGGCUAUAGCAUUGAUUACCAGCUACCGAACAAAGAGGAGAACUAUGAGUUCUGGGACAGGCUCAUUGGUGACAGCAGGGACGGUACAAUAGAAUACAUCGUUGCGUUGGUGGAGAGCGACGAUGAAAUGCCCAGAGAUAUUAGGUUGAAGCUCUGUUUGAUAGUAAUUGUCGACGGUGUUCUGGUUGCUAAGUCGCAGAAGCCGUGGCCAACGCUGAAAUAUUUGAAGCUUCUUGAAAGUCUAGAUGAUUUCCUGGCCCUCCCUUGGGGGAGGGAGUCCUUCUUGUGGACUAUUAGUACACUGAUACCGCCCCUGAAAGUGAUGGGGAAAUGCGAGGAUCCCGUCGGUGUGUUUUGCAACAAGUUGAGGCAGCAGAUGAUCAAGACAGGUUUCCCCCUAGCUCUCCAGUUGGUUGCAUUUUGGACAAUCCCGCAGCUGCUGCAGCUCGUUUCCGGCGACGACACGAUAACUCUGUUGAACUACCCGGAGAUGUCAUUACCUCAGCAUUCUGGUCUAAUUGUAGCGGCAGUAAGGAAGGCGGAACACAACUCUGUGGUAAGAGUUGUGAAUUUGUAG